AUGCUAAACGGAAAGUCUCCCUAUGAUUUGAAGCCUGGUUACAAUCCUAACAAUCUCCAUGACAUGUUGAUGUUUGAUCAUCUACGUACUUGUAAAAUUCCGACUAGAAUCUCAAAUGUGGCCAGGGGUUUUCCCAAGAGUUGUCUCGCCAUGAAGUUCAGGGAAAGAUUAACAGCGGAAAGACUCUUGUCUCAUCCAUUCGUAGCGCGGCCACAACCAUACAAAAGAGGGUCAUACCAAGGUUAA